ACCUUGGAAGGCAUAACAGGUUAUAGGGUUAACACCGAUGAACAUGUUGCACAGUGACGAUCUGAUUCUGGCCACAUGAGAGGCAUUAACGCCAAAGAACGAGACACUGGACCGCGGGGGAAUUAGACGCGCAUGCAUCCCUGUUACCGCCCCUCACAGCUCGGAUGAAUCUCCUGGGGUUCUUCGCUUUAUAAUACAAGAACCUGGCAGGACCCUUUCAAUGCUGCUCUAGCCAUCGCUGAAUCUGAUGACUUGAGUCUUGAAGCCGCAGCUUUCAAGAUGCGGAAAUUCAUAAAAUCCAUGAUAUCUAUAAACCAAGGCACUAGAAGGAAAGUCGUGGUGAGAUUUCCGGCGGCCGCCAUCGUCUUACAGAUCUAUCUCCUCUGGCAAGGAAAUUUGUACUUUAACGUUUUGAGCCGCAUGUCACUUCGGGACGCCCAAUCUCAGCUUGCACUUCACCUCUAUCCUUUACUCGAGGAGCAUGUACCUCGAUGCUCCCCGCCAAAACUCCGUGGAAAUGUAGGUGCAGGGCUGCAAAGAUUCGAUGCAGUCAACGGAACGCCACAAAAGAAUUACCUCGAUGAUCCUGGAGACUUUGAGCCGCCGAUGCAGUUAGCACAUGAUGGAUAUGUUCGAGCCAUCAAAAACACGACGCUUCAGCGAGCCUAUACCCCAAGGACGAAGGGAAUCGUGUCCUCAGCGGGAGGUAAAUACCUGCCUACCUUCGUGGUAUUUCUGCGCUUAUUGCGACGGACUGGCGCAAAGUUGCCAGUAGAGCUCUUUCUCAAAGACUGGACCGAGUAUGAACCAUACAUAUGCGAGAUAGUGCUGCCUCCUCUCAACGCUAAGUGCGUGGUGCUUUCGGAGCUUUUGGUAAAGCCAGAUGGGGGUGAAAACAACCUUGAGCAUUUUCAGCUUAAAGUAUUCGCCAUUCUGUUCUCAUCAUUCCAGGAUGUUAUCUGGAUGGAUUCAGACUGCCUGUUCCUGCAUGAUCCCACCAAGUUACUGUCUUCCAAACCCUAUACAUCUACCGGCCUUGUCACUUGGCCUGACUUCUGGGCGUAUACUAUAUCACCAUCGUACUACAACAUCUCUCGUCAAGCUGAGAUACCCACAACAACUCGGCAAAGUACAGAGGCUGGCAUGUUUCUCAUCUCCAAAAAGAAACAUUUCAUGACGCUUCUGCUCGCGGCUUACUAUAACUUUCAUGCCGAAUAUUAUUACACGAUGAUCUCCCAGGGCGCACCUGGAGAAGGGGACAAGGACACUUUCAUUUUAGCAGCAUCUGCCCUUGGUCGGAAGUUCUAUACUGUUAGCGAGAAAGUGGCGGACUUGGGGCAUCCCGCGGAGGACGGGGGUGUCUUGGGCUCCGCAAUGCUCCAAGCUGAUCCCGUCGAGGACUACAAACUCACACGCCAGGGUAAAUGGCGAGUGCGUGAUGAGUCGGUGGCCAAAGCUCCCCGGGGUUUCUGGAUUCAUGCGUACAACCCAAAGUUUAAUGCUGGAGGAGGCCUCUUCAAUGAAAAAUCGGAGGACGACCAGGGUAAUCCCAGUAGAUUGUGGACCCACCAAGAAGAGACACUUAAACGCAUUGGAUAUGAUGUGGAAAGAGUGGCCUGGGAGGAGGCUAAAACUGUGACCUGCACCCUAGAGCACGGCUUUGAUACGUGGAAGAAAAAAUCCGGGCUAUGUAAGACGAUUACGAAGCACUGGGAAGCUGUCUUUAAAAAUUCGACUGCGGAUGCUUACAGGUUCACGGAAGAGUGA